AUGCAGCAGAGUGUUAUGCACAUCAUGUCUACAAUUCCACCCUGUACGUCGGCUGUCCAGUCCCUGCUCUUCCUGGUUGUUAUCAGCCAAUUCAGGACUACCAAACAGUUCCGAUGGAAGCGAGAUUUUAUGUAUGUUUCCGAAGUCAACUCUACCGAUGCCACUUGCUUCCAGGACUGUAACGAUGAGUGGAAAAACAUAUUUCAACGUGAGUUCAACUUAAGCGCUGCUGAUUUCUAUGACUUUCCUCUACAUCCACUGAUAUUGAAUCGUGCCGGUUUCAUCACAUUUUGCAACAUAUCGGAGCAACGGACUCAGUGCUACAUCGAUGAUUGCAGUGACCAGGUUAGCCCUUAA